AUGGAUACUAUAAAAAUUGAGACACACAACAUUUGUAGAGGCUGCUUAAGUUUCGAUCGGGAUCUUAUGCCGUUAAAAGAGAAUGUAGAUUUGUUUUUUAUUAUUUUAGGAGCCAAUUAUGUACCUGAGGAUUCAAAAUACUUUAAUUUAUUAUUGUGUUGGGAAUGUAGAGCGAUAUUGAAAAGGAUUGUAACAUAUCAAAUACGAUUUCAGAAGAGUCAAACAGUGUUUCUUGAGAAUUGGAAAGAACCUUUGGAUAUUCUAAGUCUGUCUUGUUUAAAAACUUAUAUCAAAAAUGAAUGCGAUUUAUCCAUUGAAUAUAAUGAAAUUGAAAAUCAAAAAAUAGAAUCAAAAUUUAAUGAAACUGUACAAAAUGAAGUUGAACCAAUGAGUAUUAAAGAAGAAAGCUGUGAUAGCUUUUGUGAUAAUGAGAGUCCAAUAAAAGAGGAAAAGGUUGAAAUAAAAAACAACUUAACAAACAGAAGUAAGAAAAUAAUAUCGAAUUAUUCAAAGACAUAUAAAACUUCCAUAGUAAAUUAUGAAAAGGACGACUUAGAUAAAUAUAUAAAAAAUGUACAGUUGAGUUUUAAAGAUGUAGAAAACUUAAUCAAAGGUAAAAGCAAAUCGAAAGACGUGACAUACAAAGCACAUACAUAUUUUAGAAAGAAAAUCUCUUUGAUGAAACAAGACAUGCGAAGAAAAAAUUGUGGACAAGGAAUUACAUGUUCUCUAUGUAAAAAAGUUCAAUCGGAUACAGUUUCGGUUAAAAAUCAUUGGGAUGAACACACUUUCGACGUGUACAAAUGUAUUUAUUGUGAUAUUAUAAUUGCUCAUAAGCAUGACGUCCUUUGUCAUUUGAAAGGCACCCACUAUCGUAUUUUGUUUUGUCAAUGCGGUUUCGCAAGUUAUUCCAGAAAAGAUCAUUAUUUACAUUACAAAAAGUUUCAUUGUAAGUAUAUAUGUGAUCAUUGCCAAAGAACGUAUACGAGAAAAGAAAGAAUUGAGAAGCAUAUGAUGUCUGAUCACUUGCCAAAAAAAUGUGAUCUAUGCCACCGUGUUUAUAAUAAGGCUUCACGUCUCAAGCAACAUUAUUACAUUUAUCACACAGAUUUGAAAAAAGAAGAGAAUGAAACGACAUAUUGUGUUGAAUGCAAUAUGCAGUUUCAAAAUUCGUUUUUGUACAAACGUCAUUUGAGAACGGCUGUCGCGCAUAAACCAACCAAUAGAAUAAGGACGAAAGCUCCAUGUCCGGUUUGUGGGAAAAUAUUUAGCAGAAAAACCUAUAUGACUAAUCAUUAUAAUCUAAUACACGUACAACGAUCAAAAUAUUACUGUGAGUUGUGCGACAAGUAUUUCGCCAACGGUUAUUCAAUUAGAACCCACAAAAAGUUUGUACACGACAAGACCGAAAAACCGCGGGAUAAAAUAUGUAAUAUAUGUGGGAGAGGUUUCUUUACUAAUAGAGUCCUUAUAAAUCAUAAAAGGACCCAUACAGGUGAAAGGCCCCAUCAAUGUUCUUAUUGCGAUGCAGCAUUUGCACAAGACACGGCUAGGAAGGCGCAUGAGCGCACACAACACAAAAAUGUUAAAAAUGAAUUGGAA